CAGAGAGAAGAUGGUGAAACUCCUGGUUCAGCUGUUCCUGAGUCUGUGUCUGCAGGAGGCUGCUGCUGCUGCAGGGAUGCUGAAAGUAGACAUGGCCCCGGACGGAGGCGCCAGCGGCGGGGACACCAUCAGCCACUCCCUGACCCUGGUGCAGCGUCUGGAGGCCCUGCUGCUCCAGGGGAACGGCAGCGACGUGUCCCUGCGGGUGGAGACGCCGAGCGGAGACGAGGUGAAGAUGAUCCAGGCUCACUCUCUGGUGCUCUCCCUGCAGAGCCCCGCGUUCGAGGAGAUGCUGCUGAGCCGCAACAGCAGCACGCUGGUCCUGAAGGAGAACGCCGACUGUGCCGCGGUGUUCGACAAGUUCAUCAGGUAUCUGUAUUGUGGAGAACUUUCCCUGCGUCUGGACCAGGCCACGCCGCUGCACAAGCUGGCCUCCAAGUACCAGGUGCUGAGUCUCCAACAGGGCGUCACCCAGUACAUGACCCAGAACCUGGCCCGGGAGUCCCCGUCAGGCCACGUGGCCGGCUGGUACGAGUACGCCGUGGUGGCCGGGGACGUGACCCUGCGGGACAGCUGCCUCCAGUAUCUGGCCUGGAACCUGUCGUCGGUGCUGCAGAGCGGAGAGUGGGUGACCAUCAGCAGCCAGCUGCUCAUGUCGCUGCUGCAGCGCUCCGACCUCAUCCUGCAGAGCGAGAUGGAGCUCUUUGCCGCUCUGGAGGCCUGGAUCAUCCAGAACCAGCCGGACGGUUUGACGGCGGAGAACGCGCUGAGGGCCGUGCGUUACGCCAUGAUGCCUCCCAAAGAGCUGUUCCGCCUGCAGACCCAGUCCCCGGUCCUGGCCCGCUAUCAGGAGUCAGUGCGUGACCUCCUCUACAUGUCCUACCAGUUCCACUCGGCCUCGCCGCUGCACAUGGCCAAAUACUUCGACGUGAACUGCAGCCUCUUCGUGCCCAGGAACUACCUGUCUUCAGUGUGGGGGUCGCCCUGGAUCAUCAACAACCCGACGCGAGACGACCGCAGCACCAGCUUCCAGACCCAGCUGGGGCCCAGCGGCCACGACACCAGCAAGCGGGUGACGUGGAACGCCUUGUUCUCCCCUCGCUGGUUACCCCUCAGCAUGAGGCCAAUGUACACGGACACGGGCGCCAUGCAGCCGACACGCGUGGAGGGAGGGCGCCCUCGCAUCAUCAUCACCCCUGCCACGUCCAGCGCGGACUUCGCCGGGGUGAACUUCCAGAAGACGGUGCUGGUGAUGGCUCGGCAGCAGGGGAAGGUGAUGGUGAGACACGUCUACAACUUCCACCAGAGCACGGAGGAGAACGGGGAUUUCUUGGCGGAGGCCGACCUUUACCGCCGGACGUCUGAGUACCUCAUCGACAGCUCGCUCUUUCUCCACAUUGUGGUGAAGCCACUUUACCAAACCCUCAUAACCACAAAGAACUGAGCCUCUUCCUCCCUCCCUCCCCCCGGGACCUCCUGACCUCACCCCUCGGAAACCACAGCUCACUCAGAAAACAUCACGAGGAUCUGAAUCCUGCUCGUGUGAGAUGUUGGUCUCAUACAGAGAUUCCUGAUCCAGAACAUCUGAGUGUAGAAUCUGUCUCUGUGAGGAUGAGGCUGAAAAUAGUCCCGAACAAAUCUACAGUUUCCUGUUUGUCACUUUCUCCAGAAACUACUCAUCCGUUUUUUAUCACAUUAGAUAUUUGUGAGCAACUUUUAAAGAUUCAGAAACUUUGAGAAACAGUUGGUUUUGGUCUUUUCCUGUGAUUUGUGGAUUUGUUGACAUCAGCCUCGUCAUUGAUUCUUUCUGUUCCCGUCACUCGUUCUUUGUGUUUAGUUUGAUUUGUAGGUUUUUUUUAUAUAUAUCGGUGCUAAUACGCCCCAUUUACAGUGAAGGGGUCACGUUCUGUCUGAGCCCAGUAAAAAGUGAUUCAGUGAGUUCAGAGGAAUUCAUAUAAUCUUUGUUUCAACAGCAGUUAUCAACAUUUUAUUCGCUGAAAUAUCGUCAUCACAUCAACAGUUUUAUAAAACAUCUCGAAACGUACUUUGAUUUUUGAUCUGGG